AGUCUUUUUUUUGUAGUGUGUCUAACACACAGAUACUCCAGAUUAGCGCGUGCCACUUUUAAUUUCGACGGCCACACACAAAAAAAAAAAAAUAUCACACACACAAUAAACUUGUACUGACAAAAUAACCAAUAUGGGUAACGUGCUAGCGGCAUCAUCCGGCCUCGAUACAACGGCGGCGCGCAGCAACAGUGUGGCUGCCAGCCUGGGUUUGCCGGAACCAGCCGCAAUUCCAACAGAGCCAACACCAUCGGCAGCGACUGCCGCCGAUGCCAGCGUUGCGGCCAAGGACCAUCAAUUGGAAAAUCCCGGCACCGUUGAGGAGUUGCAUAAAAAAUGCAAAGAUGUGCAGGCCAUCACGUUCGAGGGCGCCAAGAUCAUGCUGAACAAGGGCCUGAGCAAUCACUUUCAGGUAUCGCACACGAUCAACAUGAGCACCACAGUGCCCAGUGGUUAUCGCUUUGGUGCCACCUACGUGGGCACCAAACAGUACAGCCCCACCGAGGCGUUUCCCGUGCUGCUGGGCGACAUUGAUCCAUCGGGCAAUCUGAAUGCGAAUGUCAUACAUCAGUUCUCAUCACGUUUGCGCUGCAAAUUCGCCUCCCAGAUUCAGGAGUCCAAAAUGAUGGCCACACAGCUGAGCACAGACUAUCGAGGCAAUGAUUUUACCGCCUCGAUCACGCUGGGCAAUCCCAGCAUAUUUACCAAUUCCGGCGUUGUUGUUGGCCAAUAUCUACAGUCGGUUACGCAGCGCAUGGCCCUCGGCGCCGAGGUGGCCUAUCAGUAUGGCCCCAAUGUGCCCGGACGCCAGAUUGCGAUUGUCUCCGCCCUGGGCCGCUAUUCCAAUGGCGACUCCAUUUGGUCCGGCACCCUCGGACCAAGCGGUCUGCAUUUGUGCUACUAUCAAAAGGCCAGCGAGCAGCUGCAAAUUGGCGUCGAGGUGGAAACAAGUCUUCGCAUGCAGGAGUCCGUCGCGACCAUAGCCUAUCAAAUUGAUUUGCCCAAGGCGGAUUUGGUGUUCAGAGGCUCCAUCGACUCAAAUUGGCACAUUUCGGGCGUGCUGGAAAAGCGCCUGCAGCCGCUGCCCUUCUCCUUUGCGCUGAGCGGACGCAUGAAUCAUGUGAAGAAUAACUUUAAGCUUGGCUGCGGACUGAUGAUUGGUUAAGCCUCAACACAACAACAACAACAACAACAACAACAACAACAACAGCACCAGCAACAACAACAACAACAACAACAACAACACAUCAAACAGUCGCAGAAACAGAAAAAUUCAGAGAUACAGAUCGUAGACAUGGAAUUAUCAACAAAAUCAUUAUUGUAGUCGUUUAUCAUACACACACACACACACACAUACACCUCAUACACACACACACACACACAACUGCAGCAAGCAUAGCAUAUAUAUAUAUAUAUAUAUACCCAUAUAUAUAUGCAUUUGUUCAAUUUGUUUUUAUUCCGAAUCGAUUUUUGAUAAUUUGACACUCAAAAAUGAAAUUGCAAUGGUCAAAAAAUGUGCUAAAUUCCAAAAAGAAAACAACAAACAAACAAUUCAACAACAACAAACAAGCAACAACAACUGGCAGCAGGCAAUUAUAGCAAACAAAUCAGCAAGUAAAUUCCUUUGAACAUAAACACGAGCUUGUACACAACGAGGGGAGCAUUAGUUGCAGAACACAAGCACCUUGUUAAAUGUAAAAUACACAAUUAGCUGUAUUUGGUAUUAGUUUACACAAUAAUAAUAUAAUAUAAUAACAAACAACAUAAUAAUAAUAAUAAUAAACUAAACAAAAGAAAACGAGAAAAAUCGGAGGCAAUUCUUUGUUUAAGUCACAUUUUAACUGCUGUCUGUACAUAUAUCUAUAUAUAUAUACACGUAUAUCUAUCAUAAUAUAUCAUAUGUAUCAUCUAAACUAGAUUGCCUGCCCUGCCCCCUCUCUCUCACACACACACACACACACACACAUACGCUCAUACGGGCGCACGCAGAGAAUUCCAAAUACCACAAAAGCCAGUUAUCAUUUUGUACACCUAAGUUGUUUUCCUAAAAAGCCAUAUUUUGAACGCAUUUCAUGUUGUAACAUUUUACCCAGUGCAGCAGCGCUCAAGUGACGAGUAGAGCUACCGACGAGUAGCUACCAACUUCAGCGAGUAAAUUAAAAAUGUGUUGAAAAGCGGGCUUUAAAAAAAUAUAUCUAUUUAAAAGCAAAAUAAAAUUAAACCCCCAACUGCUUUAA